GGCGGAGCGGCGAAAGACGCCCCUCGCCGCUCCGCCUGAGUAGGAAGAAGCACACAUCGUGCUACGGAGUGGGUUGCCGGCAGCGGUGCUCCAGAGCCCAUAUCCGGAUCACUUCAAAUGCCAAGGGAGCACCGCCCCCGGCAACCCGCUCCGUAGCGUGACGCGUGAUGGACGCCCCUCCUUCUGGUUUGCCGCCAUGGGCAGCCAGUAGGCUUGCGACGCCACUGCCUCAAAGUGGAUGCUCUAUCUCUGAACUAUGGCCCUUCUUCAUGUGCUGUGGUGGCACAUGGUUUUUUUUUUAAAAAAGGACAUGUGUCCACUUCAAAUGCUAAUUGGAUACCAUGCACACUGCUUGAAAGUUCUUAGUUGGCUCUUCCCCUUUGGGCCACACUGCAUCACAAGCAGAAAACCAUAAUUUUGACUUCUUGUAUCAUAAACAAAUCAUGAGCCCAGGUUUGAAUGACAGCCCAAACUUUAUGGCUUGCUGUUCAUAGUGUGACCAGGAGGGGCAGUGUAGCCCAUUGUGGACUUCUCAACAUGUACCGUACCAGCAUGCUCAUGUUCACCUUAAACUACAGUAAACAUAAACUAUAUUUUUAACUCGGGGGUAGGAAACCAUUUUUUCAUGGUAGGUCAGAUCAAAAAGUGGUCAAGGUUGCCCACUGAUCAGUCAUCUGAUGUCAGGUGUAUCGAAUCACACCUGAAAACAGAGUACCUUUGGUGAUAGUUUUAAUCAGGGUCACAUGCAAAGGAACAACAGGGACUGCAUGGCUUCAGACUUUUCCUUUCCAACUGCAGUUUGCAUUUGACGCUAUUUAAUUUUGGUGCCAAAAUUUCAGCAAAGACGUGAUCCAGUCAGGUACUCAUUGUCUUUUAGUGGCAGCUGUGGAGAGUAGGGGUGAGAGGGAAAGCUCAGUUGGAUGUUUGGACUUCUGUGUAAUGGUUGAUGCAAGACAGUGUUUGUUACUACUUUCUGCAGAUUGGAUUAUUGAUAAUCUGCUCACCUGCCAAAUUUGGGCCAGUUGCUUGGGGGAGAUAACGUGUUGGUCUUUUGGCCGGAUCCAGGUCCCUACUCUUUCUUGUGUUUGAAAGUAAGUUCAGUUGAAAUAAAUGGGAUUUGCUUCUUAGUAAAUGGCCACCCUCAGCUGAGGCUCCAAUACUUUGGCCACCUAAUGAGAAGAGAAGACCCCCUGGAAAAGACCCUGAUGUUGGGAAAGAUUGAGGGCACUAGGAGAAGGGGACGACAGAGGACAAGAUGGUUGGACAGUGUUCUCGAAGCUACCAACAUGAGUUUGACCAAACUGCAGGAGGCAGUGGAAGACAGGAGUGCCUGGCGUGCUCUGCUCCAUGGGGUCACGAAGAGUCGGACACGACUAAACAACCAAAUGGCCACCCAAGGGCAUGUUUGUUUUUUGAAUGGUGGACCCCUGACCCAACAUGCUGCUUGAAAAAUGGCUAUUUAAAUUGUGGGGAAUCUAAAGCUGUAUUUUGUAUACUCAAAACUAAUAAUAAAAAAUAAUCCUACUGGGCUAGCAUAAGCCUUUGGCUGUGUCUAGAAUAGCUCUUUGGGGAUCCUGCCAGUAUAUUUACAAUUUAAGUGCCAAAAUCUUAUUUAUGGUCAUAGUAGCAGAUGGGAAACCUAGGAGGAACAAGAACAGAACUGUUUUGACAUCAAUGCUGGCAGUAGAGCGUAGAUUUGGUCCUCAUAUUGUAGUGCAAAAAUAUUUUUUAUGCUGUCAUAAAUUUAAUGAUAAUAAUAAAAGUGGCACCAUAUGUGUGUGUGUGUAUGAAAGCAAAUAGAUUGUGGAUUACAUCCUAAAUGCACAUUUUUCUGUUGUAUAAUAAUAAUAAUAAUAAUAAUAAUAAUAAUAAUUUAUUAUUUAUACCCCCGUCCAUCUGGCUGGGUUUCUCCAGCCACUCUGGGCGGCUUCCAACAAAACAUUAAAACAAAAUAAUCUAUUAAACAUUUAAAGCUUCCCUAAACAGGAAAUCCCAAACUGCUGAAAUUGUGAAGGUGGUAGAUCAUAGAGUAUGUUGCUUCUCAGCAUGCUUUGAAGCAGACGCUGGGGAAACUGGAAAAUAAGUGUACAGUACAAUCCUAUGCAGGUCCAACCAAAUGUAAGUUCAGUGGGACUCACUCUGUGGUAAGUGGUAUAGGAUUGCAGCCUUAUGUAUGAAUGGUUUCUUCCUCCACCUUUCCCCCCUCCUUUUUGAGGUAUCAUUGUGUAAUAUUUCAUAGGAUUCUGAUUGCUUUUGAGUACUGUAUUUGUAUCACUAAGAUACAGGUUUCCUGUACCGUGUUAAUGCAUUCCAUGUGUAAAGUUGCUAGCUAAGUAGCUAUCUAGUAUCUAAUUUCACCAUGUUCUUUUUUGCUGUGUAGGUGCAAAGUUAAAUACUACUGUUGUCUUGAAUCUGUGCUUUAAGGCAUGAGUUGUGGAGCUGUCAGCUUUUUGUUGACUCAAGGUGUCUGUUGUGUUGAACAGACUUUGGUUCUUAAUAAAUCGCUCUCAGUUUUGGUUUUUUAGUUUCCUGCUUAAUCUAUUCUAGAGCAUUCCCCUAUCUACUUGCCUCUCUUGAGAAGUCUGCUUGGGAGUGGGUGACCUUAAAAAUUUAAAUUUGUAGUAUGUCCUUGUAGAAAGAUCAGGUGAUAUAAAUGUUGCCUCUAGGUCAGUAUGGGCAACAAGAUGGUAGUUUAUAGGGUUCUUUGGUCUAGUCUAGUGUAACAGGGCUUGUAUGUUCUUAAUGCUUGUAUGUUUCAGAAUGGGUUAAACCACAAAGCCUAGGGCUUGCUGAUCAGAAGGUCAGCGGUUUGAAUCCCUGCAACAGGGUGCAAGUAGAUAAAUAGGUACCACUCCAGUGGGAAGGUAAACGGCGUUUCCGCGUGCUGCUCUGGUUCUCCAGAAGCGGCUUUGUCAUGCUGGCCACAUGACCUGGAAGCUGUAUGCCGGCUCCCUCGGCCAAUAACGCAAGAUGAGUGCCGCAACCCCAGUGUCAGUCACGACUGGACCUAAUGGUCAGUGGUCCCUUUACCUUUUAUUCUCAGAAAGGCAUGACCUUGCAGUGUUUUAAAAGCUGUGAGUGGACACUAUUUACUGAUUGAAAAAUAGCAGGAAAUAGACUUGAAGAUUAUUUUAAUUGGGUACCUUAAACUGAGUAGAUACCAAAUUCAGAAGCAGGCUUUAUAGGUACAGGUUUCCUCUCCUCUUCCUUCAGAAUCUGAUUAACAUAGGAAGAAUUUUCUGAAUAAGGCCACAACAUAGAUAUACAGUAUAUACGAAAGGCAAUAUACUACAAAGACAUUGCAAUAGUGGAUAUUUCAUUUUCAUUCCUUUUCCGAAUGACCUUUAGCAUGGACGUUGCUGCAUUAAGUUCAAUUAAGUACACUUAAUUGAUGUUUUUUAUUGAGCUAGCUAUCAUUUGUUUGCCCCUCUGAGCUUCUUUGGGAGGAAGGUUGGGUUAUAAAUUUAAUUAAUAAUUUUUUUAAAUGCCAAUAUUUUAUUUAAAAAAAAUUGUAAAGUGACCUUUGAGCAGAACUUCCAGUGUGCCAGACAAAAUAACAAUAAAAAAUUAAAUCAAAAUCCAGGAUAACACUAAGGUGGCAGAUAAAAGCAAUCUUAAAAGCAGCAUUUGAAGCACAAUAGCUUUCCUGGCAAGUGGCUGCCAGUACAGACUCUCAUCAGUAGAGCUGAAUUCUCUCUCUCUCUAAUGUGCAGCACUCAUGGAGCCUCAUUUUUACAUGGGUACAUGCUAUUCAAGUGACUGCUAUUAUGUUGUUUUGUCUGUGAAAUUGCUACUGCAGAGUGUGGAGUUUGCAGCAGGGUAUAACUGUGAUACCCCAUGGGUUCACAUUUCUUUAUUAAAAUUUCCUACCUGGCAAUGAUCAAGAAGGAUUGCAUAUAUAAACAGGCCCUUGAUGUCAGAAAGGUAGUGUAGCUUCUGUGUUUCUCAUAACACCUGUUGUGCUGUUGUUGGUUCUGCUUAAAUGUUUCAGUAGAGAGGGAUUCCCUUAAAACAAUAGUACAGAUCAAUGCUGUAUAGUUUGGAAAAGAUUUGUUCUGGUUUCUUUCUACAAAGAUAACUUUUUCAUUUCUCGUCUCUUGGGAUGCAGCUCAGUUUCUACGAUUGAAAAUGAGUGCUAUGUUUUGGCAUAAAAGUAUGAGCAUGCUUUCUUGUCUUCAGUGCAAAUCUCUGUUUACAAACCUGCUCCUGCAAAUAAAUAAGUGGAUGGAGGAUUAUGGAGUCAUGAAGUCUGUGGCAAGGUGAGCAUCAAAUUAGGGUAGUUUUCUUUUCUUCAGUAUCCUCUGCUUGGGAACUUGAGGUGGCAUCACCCUUUUAAUCACAAAGCAACAGUCCAUAAGAACUGUAGCUGGGAUGGAGUGUCAUCUAGUAUGUAAGGUCUAGUUCAGCUAUUACCUUGAUCAUGUGAAAGCUCAUGAAUAACGUUUUAGCAUAGCAGUGCUCUACAUGGAAGCAUAUUUACUGUGUGAUCAACACAUCAUGUGGAGGUUUGGCAUGCCACAAGCACCUAGGAAGAAUCGAGGCUUCAUGUAAUGAACCCCACUUACUUAUGCUUGCAGAUAUCAUGGCUUCUGCACUGAGUGCCUCCACCUGGAAGUGUAAUUUGGUACUGCUACCAUUGGAACCGACUCUUGGUUGAAGAGCGUUGAAUUUCCUUUUUAUAGCAUUGUACGCAUGUGUACUUCCAACAAUUGAGUUUUUCAUACAAUAGCGUCCCUCAGAGCCUCUCUCUGAAUACAAUUUUGCUGGAGUCCAGCCACCCACUGGCCUCACAUAAUAGCAUUUCUAACUCUGAUGGGAGUGGCAUCGCAGUGGAACUAUAGUACCUAUUUUUAAGCAAAGCUUGCUUGUGCUUCUGACGUAAGUAAUGAGAAACUAAACAAUGGAAGCUUAAGGUGUUGCUGUAUUCACAACUCUAUUUUGCAAACAUGCCAUUUUGAUAGGGUUAAACUUUAACAAGUUGUGCAAACCUAACAUAGUAGAGGGGACAAUCUUAUUUCCUUCGGUAUGUUUUUGCAUUAGCAAAGCUACAUCUUUAUUGCAGAAAUGGUGCUUUUGCUGACUUCAUUCUGUUUGAAAACAGUAUUGAUUUUUGAAUGCUGACAGUGUGCAGUUUUGACAGCAUAUCAAAUAUAGAGAUGUUUCUUACUGUGUACCUCAGUAACAACGAGCAACACUUCACUGAGGUGCCAAUCACCCCAGAAACUACCUGCAGAGAUGUAGUGGAUUUGUGUAAAGAGCCUGGUGAGACUGAAUGCCACCUGGCUGAAGUGUGGUGCGGCUCAGAGCGCCCUGUAGCUGACAGUGAGCGCAUGUUGGAUCUUCUGCAGCGCCAUGGAGUCCAGAGAAAUGAAGUUAGGUUCUUUCUUCGCCAUGAGCGGUCUCCUAAUCGAGAAACUGGGAGCGGACCAAGAGUGCACGAUCCAAGCUUGAAGAGAAAUGGUGUAAAAAUGCCUGGUGAGCGAAGAACAGAGAAUGGAGUCAAUGCUCCUCGGAUGGAUAUGACUCUAGCUGAAUUGCAGGAAAUGGCAUCACGUCAACAGCAACAAAUAGAGGCCCAACAGCAAAUGCUGGCUAACAAGGAGCAGCGGUUAAAAUUUCUGAAACAGCAGGACCAACGGCAGCAACAACAAGCUGCAGAGCAGGAAAAACUCAAAAGAUUAAAAGAAAUUGCUGAGAAUCAGGAAGCCAAGUUGAAGAAAGUGAGAGCUCUCAAAGGUCAUGUGGAACAAAAACGGCUCAGUAAUGGGAAGCUAGUGGAGGAGAUUGAGCAGAUGAACAGUUUGUUCCAGCAGAAACAACGAGAGCUGGUACUGGCUGUGUCAAAGGUAGAGGAACUUACUAGGCAAUUGGAGAUGCUGAAGAAUGGCCGGAUUGAUGGUUACCAUGACAACCAGUCAGCUGUCGCUGAGCUUGACCGACUGUACAAGGAGCUUCAGCUGAGGAACAAACUGAACCAGGAGCAGAAUGCCAAGCUGCAGCAGCAGAGGGACUCUUUAAACAAACGCAACUCAGAGGUGGCAGUUAUGGAUAAGCGUGUUAAUGAGCUGAGGGAACGGCUGUGGAAGAAGAAGGCUGCGCUGCAGCAAAAGGAGAAUGUCCCGGUGUCUCCAGAUGGGAAUCAGCCACAGCCAGUGGUAUCUACUCCAAGUCGAGUGGCAGCUGUUGGUCCUUACAUCCAGUCUUCCACCAUGCCACGCAUUGCCUCAAGGAAUGAACUUCUAGUCAAACCAGUCUACCCUGAUGGGACUUCAGCCUUGCAAGCCCCUGAUGGUUCAUUGAAAACGCAGACUCUCCCAAACAUGAGAGCUGGGAUUCUUUCACAAGUAAAAGCUCCUGGAGGUACUAUACCUGCUGGUUCAAAACCUCCACUCGCUAUCAGUGACUGGAAUAAUGCGAGCGCUGGCCAUGUUAUCAGCCAAGGGCUAACUUCCAUGGUGACCAAAGCCAACAGUAGCAAUGAAGUGCAAGUUGGUGAGGGAGAUGUUCCUCUUAGAGAAAGGGAGAAAAAAGUACGCCCCUUUUCCAUGUUUGAUUCUGUUGACUCAAACGGAGCUGUUGGAGUGCCUGCAACAGGUACACUGAGAAAAAACCAGAGCAGCGAAGACCUCCUGCGAGACGGCCAGACUGGCACUAAAAAUGUGGCAAAAGUACCGCCACCUGUUCCCACCAAACCAAAACAGAUAAACUUACCUUACUUUGGCCAAGCUGGUCAGCUGCCUUCUCCAGAUGUUAAGCCUGAUGGCAAUAUCCAGAAGCUGCCUCUGACAAUUGUAGCUGCAGGAAACAAACAGAAACCACCAACCCAACUCACUCCACCAGCAUCUCAGCAGGCCCAGCAAAAGAUCUGUGUGUCUCCAAGUGGCCUUCCUGCUAAUCCCGAUCUGACUCUUCUCAAGCAAGAGAGUCCUCCUGCGGCAGCUGUGAGGCCUUUCACUCCUCAGCCAGCCAAAGAGGCUCCCCCGCCACCUUUCCGAAAGCCGCAGACGGUUGCCGCAAGUUCAAUCUAUAGCAUGUACACAAAGCAGCAGACUCCUGGGAAGAACUUCCAACAGGCAGUGCAGAGUGCACUGACAAGGGCACAGACCAGAGGACCCCAUUUCCCCAGUGUAUAUGGAAAGCCAGUUAUUGCUGGAGCUGGUCCCCCAAAUCAACAGCAGCAGACUGAGAAUAUUUAUUCAAAUACUCAAGGCAAGCCAGGCAGUCCAGAACCUGAAAUGGAGACUACAGCUUCAGCCAGUGAAAAUAAUGAAACGGAGCGUAUUCCUCGUCCACUCAGCCCAACAAAGCUGUUGCCUUUCUUGUCAAAUCCUUACAGAAAUCAAAGUGAUGCAGAUUUGGAAGCCCUUCGGAAGAAGUUAUCCAAUGCUCCAAGACCACUGAAGAAGCGUAGUUCUAUUACUGAGCCAGAGGGUCCUAAUGGCCCCAAUAUUCAAAAGCUCUUGUACCAGAGAACAACUCUGGCUGCUAUGGAGACUAUCCCAUCCUACCCAUCGAAGCAAACUUCCGUAGCUGCCGCUGAAAACUCAGCGGAAAUCCCAAACCCUUAUUUAAGCACAGAAGUGGCCAAAGAAGUAGUUCCUCCUUCACCUGAGCCAACUAUUGCAGAAGAGGCAGAAACGCCAAAUGCCGAUCAGAACACAGGGCCUCUUCCUCCGUCAGGCCUAGAGAGCGUUCCUGAGGGGAUUUCUGACGACGUCUCCCUUGCUCUGCCUGAAAUGGAAGAACCGAGUCUGGACAUUCCCUUGCCCAUAGACAUGUACAUGGAGGAGUAUCCCCCCUACCCACCGCCUCCCUAUCCUUCAGGAGAACCAGAGAGUUUGGGAGAGGACUCGUUCAGCAUGCAACCCCCCGAAGUCACGGGGCAGUUCUCUUUGCCACCUGGCAAGAGGACAAAUCUGCGCAAAGUUGGCUCAGAGAGGAUUGCCCAUGGAAUGCGAGUGAAAUUCAACCCCCUUGCUUUGCUUCUUGAUUCCUCUCUUGAAGGAGAAUUUGACCUUGUUCAGCGGAUCAUCUACGAGGUUGAAGAUCCCAGCUUGCCCAAUGAUGAGGGCAUCACUGCACUUCACAAUGCCGUGUGUGCUGGCCAUACAGAGAUUGUGAAAUUCCUGGUACAGUUUGGCGUCAACGUAAAUGCUGCAGAUAGCGAUGGGUGGACGCCACUGCACUGUGCAGCAUCUUGCAAUAAUGUCCAAGUGUGCAAAUUCUUAGUGGAAUCGGGUGCUGCUGUUUUUGCCACAACCUACAGUGAUCUGCAGACUGCGGCAGACAAGUGUGAAGAAAUGGAAGAAGGCUACACACAGUGCUCCCAGUUUCUUUACGGAGUGCAAGAGAAAAUGGGAAUAAUGAACAAAGGAGUGGUUUAUGCUCUCUGGGAUUAUGAAGCUCAGAAUGAUGACGAACUGUCCAUGAAAGGAGGAGACUGCAUGAUGGUUCUUCGCCGGGAAGAUGAAGAAGAAAUAGAGUGGUGGUGGGCACAGCUAAACGACAAAGAAGGAUAUGUGCCACGUAAUUUACUUGGGCUCUACCCAAGGAUUAAGCCAAGGCAAAGAAGCUUGGCGUGAAAACAUUUUGAACCGAUUUUAUGAAGUACCAGCCGCAGGACAAGUUUAUCCUUCUUAUGGAAGAGAAUGCAUUCUUUGUGGGUUUGCGCCAAUUUCGGGAGACAUUUCUAUUUACAGUGUGAUAUUAAAGCAAUACUGAAUGUGCUUUGAAAACAGAUGAAGGAUAGAGUGCAUUCACAAGUGGCGGAAGACAUUCCCCCAAUCUGGAAUGCGACUUUCAAGCAAAUGGAUUUAGCUCUUUAGGUAAACUAAGCCCUAUUGGUCAGUCACUGCCCUUUUUGCCUCUGCAGGUGCCUCUCUCCCCCCCCCCCUGUAAUGCUAAUGUACCAGCAAGAACCAAUCAUUGCUCAUCUAGAAAGUUGUUCUCUUGCUCCUCUGGUUUCUUUCUCUAAAAAGGGCCCAGUGUAAGUUAACCAAGCUAUUCGUACAAAACAAAUAAUGAACAUUCUGCUUACGGAAUGUAUUUUAGUAGCAGAGUUAAUGGUGUGAAAAUGACAUAAUGCAUCCUAAUAAAUAAGGAACCUAAAUCAGUUUUGAGCAAUAACUUUAAAGGGCAGUAGCAUUUUAGGAUUUCCAAAGUAUUUGAAAUGUGUUAUACUGCAAGUAAUGUAGUUUCUAUAGUGUUUUUUAAAAUAAAUCUUGUCUGUGUUUUUUGUAACUUGCGUGUUUGAUAUAGAAAACCUGUGUACUCUAUAUCUCACAAAUUUUGUUAAAACUAUCUUUUUAUUCCUAACUGUGAUUA